AUUAUCAUAACUUGUUUUUAUAUCCAUAUUUGUUUACAACAGCAAUUUAUUUAAACAAAACAAAACGUUACGAAUAAAGCCAAUGUCAUGGCCACUUUAAUUGAACAAAUGCUUACUAAAAUGGGACUGCGGGAUGAGUCCGGGAUGCAAAGCAAAACAUUGGAAUUGUUGCGUAUUCUAGAGUUACGUUCUGCUAAUGCGCCCCUACAGCUAAAUGAAUACGCAAAGACAGUGCUCUGCGCGGACAUCGCGACCACAGUAUUGGGUAUCGCUUGUGAUAUGGAACAAAAUGUUAAACUUUCAACUUUGCGCAAAUCACAUUACAUAAAACACAAACGGAUAAUUGAAAAAAUCCUAGAUGUAAAUAAAAUCGUCGGCGUCAGUGACAUAUGUGUACAAUUAAGUAUGACCGAAGCUUCGCAAAAGGCUACAGAACUAUUAGAAUUGUAUAAGACAAUUAUGGCGAAAGAAAGCGCUAAUGAUGAAAAUGAUCUAAUUCACCCUCAAUAUGCAGCCAUGGCGGUUUUUCAAGCUGCCAAAAUAUUAAAACAAAAAUGUUCGAAACCGAAAAUAAUGAGUUUUAGUAAUUUGCGUCCAACUCAAUGGCAGCAACUUGAACUACGAUGGAACAAAUUUUUAACCAAACAUUAUAAAGAAACAACUGAUAAAAAAUCGAAGCUUCGCGUUGAAGAAGCCGAAAAUAAUAUAGAGAUUUCGAAAUCGCAAAGUUGCGUAGAAAGUGUAAAACGUUUAACAUCUUCUGUUGAAGAUUAUGAUAAAUGGAAGAAGCGAAUUUUGGAAAAGGCUGAGGCGCAAUUAAGAUGCCAACUAAAUGAACAAGAAGAUGAAAACGGAAUUGAUAAAGAGAAUCUAAUUUUGGGAAUGUAGAAAAUAAAAGAAAAAUUAUUUUAUUUAGAUUUGUAGUUAUAUUUAUAUUUCUAAGAAUUGAAAUAAACAUAUGUUAUUGUAAAAAUUUUGAAAAUAUAAUUACUAAGCAUUGA